GUGAGCUGUAUGUGAUUGUGGAAUACUGUCAUUUUGGAAACCUUCGGUCUUAUCUACUGAAACAUAAGGAAGAAUUCCGAGACGUAAUGGAGGACUACAUGGACCCAGCCCAUCAGAAAAAACGCGAGGCAGCCCGAGAAGCGGCCGCCAAUAAGCCAUACUACUUAAACAAGGCUCAGAUAGAGAACACCGCCGACCUAGUGGGGCCUCCACUGACCACUAAAAACCUCAUCUGCUGGUCAUUCCAGGUGGCCCGAGGGAUGGAGUACCUGGCCUCCAAAAAAUAUAUACACAGAGAUCUGGCAGCAAGAAAUGUUCUUUUAGCUGAGGACAACAUCGUCAAAAUAUGUGACUUUGGGUUAGCCAAGGAUUUGUACAAUAAUCCAGAAUAUCUAAAGAAAACAGAUGGACCAGUUCCUGUGAAAUGGAUGGCUAUUGAAUCUCUAACUCACAGACUCUACACCACAAAGAGUGAUGUGUGGUCGUAUGGUGUCUUUCUAUGGGAGUUAUUUUCUCUGGGUGGUAGUCCGUACCCUGGGGUGGAAAUUAAUGAGAAGUUUAUCGGACUCCUUCAGGAUGGAUACAGAAUGGAGAAGCCACGAUAUGCCACAGAUGAAAUGUACAAGGUCAUGCAGGCGACCUGGAGGGAUGACCCAGAGGACAGACCUACUUUUACACAGCUGGCCAACAUCAUGGGUGAUUUCCUGGAAGAAAAUGUCAAACAGUAUUAUUUGGAUCUGAAUGAGCCGUAUCUUAAGAUGGUGGACCUUGAGGGCGGGGCUUGUGGGGGACCAGAGAGUGAGGGCUACCUUAAAAUGAGUGACAGAGACAAAAAGUCAGACUACCUUAAAAUGGGGCUGGCCCCUCCCCCACCGGUGGACCAGGAAGAGUAUGAUGGAGGUGUGUCUUAUGUGAAUGAGAAAAAAUGGAACAAAAAGAAAGAGAAGGGAGAUUCUAUGGAGCUUCAGCCUCUGACAAAAUCUAUGGAGGAAGAGGAGGAGGUACAACUCCGUAAAAAAGAUCGGGAAAAUUCUCCCUCCAACACAAACAUGCGUGUGGAUGUUCACAGAAGUGAUGAUACAGAUAGCGGACAUUCCAGUACAUACGCACCGGGCACACCGCCAGAUGUCGGAAAUGACGGCUACCUUGUACCAAAGAUGGGACCAGAUCAAACUCAGGUGUUUGUAUUGAAGAACAAAUCAAGUCCACCUAAAAAUAAAUCUAAGUGCAGCGAGUUUACGAAGGAUUAUCACGACCCCCCGCCCACGUACUCAACAGUAUUACAGGACAGUGAUAUCGAUGUUUGAUGCUAUAAAAGCUGACUCCAAGAAUCAGCCUUGUCUUGUCUUUUAUUUACUAGUAGUGCUUAUUAAAUUAGUGAAAGGAAACCCUUAUAUUUGGCAUUGAAAUUUCCUUUUUGAAAUGUUCUACAUGAAAUUUCUACUUUUUUUACAACAUUUUCUGUGCCUGAUCAAAGCAACCCAAAUCUAUUUAUGUUUUUACUAUUAUAAGAAUGUACUAGUCCUGAAUUAAUUAAGAUUUUUGCUUGUAGAUAGACAUGUAUUGAAUGAUAAACAUGUAUCAACUACUGACUGUAAAUACUGUAUAGUAGAGUAGUGUCUAAUGAAACUGCCCAACUUGUUACCAGCAUUAUCAGCAUUAUUUUGUACACUGUAGGUUGUUAAGAUCUCCUGUAGCAUAAUUCAUUGUGAAUAGUUAUAAUUAUAUUGUUUUAUUGUCUGAAUACAUUUACAAAAUGGCAUGUAGAACACUGGGAAAAGGAAUGGGAAUUUUCAUUGUGUUCAAUUUGACUUUUAUCAAAGAUUAUCCAAUGGCAUUGAACAAUCUGGAAUAAGUGAGCAGAAACAUUUUUAUCAAUUAGGAAAUGAUUCACUGUUUCUUGGAAAAAUAAAUUGACAUAUUUACAUAAUAGAAACACAGUAGAUGGAGAUGUCAGGAAUGAAAAAAUGAUUUUUAGGUUAUUAUUAAUUCUUGUAAAUGUAUAUUAACUCUUAUCAAUUACUGCACCUGAUGUAUUUGGUGGAUUACUUUUUUCAUAUACAAGUACCGUACCUAUUUUGUAUGGUAAUUAUAAGCUUUCUGCUUGCACACGAGUAUUUGUUGUUUACAGCAAAUUUGUUUUUUCAUAUAUAUGUACCCCGGUACAGACCUGUUGUUUACAGUAAGUUUGUUUUUAUUUGUCUUACAAGUACAUGUAUCUGAUAAGAUUGUUUUCCUUAUAAGUAAUUGUUGUAUAUGGUUUAGAUUGUUUUUAAUUACAAGAAUGUGUUGUAUACAGUAAGACUGGUUUUAUCUACAAUAACCUGUUGUAAAGGGUAACAUUGUUUUUCCACACAAGCACCUGUUGUUGAUUGUUUGUUGAAACAAACACCAGUAGUCUACAAUCAUUAGGUUUUAUUAGCUUUAACUGCUUUUUAACUUUACAAUACUGUGGUUUUAUUUUAGAAUCUCACAUUUGCCUUGAGACUGUCACCAUAUGCAUAUCCCAAAUUCUUCCUUAAUUUUCUUGCCAUUUUGAAUCAGUAGUUGCUUAUAUUAAUAGUGUCUAAAAUUUUACAACACACUAUAUGUUUUGCUAUUUAUACAUUUUGAGAACCUUUUUCUAGUGCCUCAUCUUGUUUUUAUGACUUUUGUAUGGUAUUUUAUUAGCUCAUAUUUUAGGAUUUCUGUAUGGGGUUUUACAAACUGUUUUGAAAGACUUACGGGGUUUUAUUAGCUCAAGUUUUAUAGGGAAUUCUGUAAGGUAUUCAUUGGCUCAGUUUCAUAAGAAUUCUUUAAAGGGAUUUUAUUAGCUCAGAUUUAAGGAAUUCUGUGUGGGAUGUUAUAAGCUCAGUUUUAUAGGAUUUCUGUGUGGGAUUUUAUUAACCCAGUUUGAUCUCUUGGAGAUUUUGUUUGCUGUUAUGAAGACUGAAAUAAUGGCAAUUCAUACCUUGUCCAGAGACCAGCAAAUUCAAAUCAAGAUUUCAACAAAUUUGAAGUACUUUUCUCUUUGUUAUAUACAUAUCAAAGAUAAGCCAUAAUAAUUGUGCAAUAGACCAUUCUUACUUAGUUUAUCUUACAAGAGUCAUUGAAUAAUAGUCUUACCAUAUAAAUAAUUAGGUGUUUAUACAGUACCUAUUGUACAUAUAUCUAAUAAAGUCAGCACACAUUUUUUAAAAA